AUGUGGGCGGAGGUGGGACAAUUUCUGGUGGUUGUUGUGGCACCUCCGUUCCUCGGUCUCUACUUUAUCCACGCGCUCUUUUUCCCCACAGUUUGGCGAACAGACCGCGCGAAGCCUUACCGGGAAACCGGCGUGCGACCCGCUCAAGAACAACUCCCCCUUGUGGUUCGAAUUCGCUCGUAUGUGGCGACUCGAAUUUUGUCCUCACUCCUCCUCACUUGCGUCUUCAUGAACGUCUUCUGCCUUCUCCACCUACGGCGCGUAGCCUGGUGGUACAUUCCCUACGCCAUCUGGUGCAUUUUCCUCGCUGAGAGAUUCGGAAAGCCGCUGGGCUUGCCUUCCAAAUGGCUGAGAACAUUGCCUUUUUGGAAUUGGCUGGCAGAGUACUUCCCCUUCACGCUUUUGAAGGAAAACCCUGCUGCUCAGUUCGCUACAGAUAAAAAUUACCUCUUUGGAUUCCACCCGCACGGCGUAUUGGGUUUCUCGUGCUGCGGACAAUUCGCUGGCAUGCCGCCGCGUCCGGAGAAUAACUUGGCCGUGCUCCUUCCUGGUUUGGACUUCCGAGUCACCACUCUCGAGGUCAACAUGCGCACGCCCUUCUUCCGGCACAUUCUCCAAUUGCUGGGGUUCAUUUCGUGCAGCAAAGGAAACAUCCAAAGAGUCCUCGAAAGCCAGGAGAAGGGAAAAGCAGUUGUGCUUCUGGUCGGCGGCGGCCGCGAAGCGUUAAUGGCGGAAGAAGGAAAAAACAACUUGGUUCUACAAAGGCGAAAAGGCUUCUUCGAGUUAGCCCUUCGUACAGGUGCUUCCGUAGUUCCGGUGUACGCCCUCGGCGAGAAUGAUUUGUACACCGUGAUCAAGUCGCCCCUAGCCAAGCUGCUGAGUGAGCAAACGAUGCGGCUCUUCGGCUUCUCUUGUCCGCUCUUCUUCGGUCGAGGCGCCUUCCAAAUGUUUCUUCCGUUGCGGGUGCCGACGUUCACCAUGAUUGGAGAUCCAAUUGAGUGUAAAAAAACGGAGAACGCCACCGAUGAAGAUAUCGCUCGCCUGAGGCAACAGUACUGCGAGGCACUCCAUCGCGUCUUCAACAAAGUGAAAGAUGCCUAUCGCCCCAAGCGGGAGUUUCAACAUCUUCGCAUUGUGGAGUGA